AUGCAACAACAACACCUGGAUCAACAACAACUGUGGUUCAACAAUAGUAACAACAACUGGUUCAACUGCGUCAACAACACCAGAAACCGGAUCAUCAAGAACACCUGGAUCAACAACAACUGGUUCAACUGCGGCAACGACAACAGAAACUGCGGCAACAACAACAACUGGUUCAACUGCAUCAACAACAAUACCAGAAACUGUAUCAACAAAAACACCUGGUUCAGCGACAACUGGUUCAACAGCAGCAACAACAACACCUGGUUCAACAAAAACACCUGGAUCAACAACAACUGGUUCAACUGCAGCAACACCAACAGAAUCUGCGGCAACAACAACUGGGUCAACAGCGGCAACAACAACACCUGGUUCAACAGCAGCAGCAACAACACCUGGUUCAACAACAACACCUGGAUCAACAACAACUGGUUCAACAGCGGCAACAACAACACCUGGUUCAACAACAACAACUGGAUCAACAACAACUGGUUCAACUCCAAAAAACACAACACUUGUUUCAACAACAACUGGUUCAACACCAGCAACAACAACUGGUUCAACAACAGUAACAACAACUGGUUCAACUGCGGCAACAACAACACCUGCUUCAAUAACAACACCUGGAUCAACAACUACUGUUUCAACUGCGGAAACGACAACACAAUCUGCGGCAACAACAACAAAUGGUUCAACAACAGUAACAACAACUGGUUCAAUUGCGGCAACAACAUCGCCUGUUUCAACAACAACUGGUUCAACUGCUUCAACAACAACGCCUGUUUCAAAAACAACUGGUUCAACAGCAGCAACAACAACUGGUUCAACAACAGCAAAAACAACUGGUUCAACUGCGGCAACAACGCCUGGUUCAACAACAACUGGUUCAACUCCAACAAACACAACACUUGUUUCAACAACAACUGGUUCAACACCACGGCAACAACAACACCUGUUUCAACGACAACUGGUUCAACACCAGCAACAACAACACCUGCUUCAAUAACAACACCUGGAUUAACAACUACUGUUUCAACUGCGGCAACGACAACACAAUCUGCGGCAACAACAACAAAUGGUUCAACACCAGCAACAACAACUGGUUCAACAGCAGCAGUAACAACAAAUGGUUCAACUGUGGCAACAACAGAAAAAACGACGAUGACGACGACGACGACGACGACGACGACAACAACAACAACAACAACAACAACAACAACAACAGCAGCAGCAGUGGCGGUAGUUCGUACACCAGUUGUUGUUCUUGCAGCAGUUUUGGUUAAACCCUUUGUGCCUCAACUCAAAGAUAAAACUAGUCCAGAAUUUAUAGCACUUGCGACAGAAGUGGUAGUAGUGUAUGAAGUCAUCUAUAGAGCUCGAUAUGGUUUGCUUUUCAGCCGUGUUAUUGUCAUAGCAUUCAGACAAGCUGGGACCAGAACACGAGCAUCUGAUACUGAAGCAGAAGUGCAGGUUGUGUUUAACAACACAAUAACACCUGCACAAAUCCCAGAAGCUGAAGCUGUUCAACAAACCUUAGUUGAAGCGGUGUCUAACCCCAACAACACUUUCAACAUCAGUAUCAAUCCAGCAUCUGUCGUAGCAACCCAAAUAAACAUUUUUACAAAGCUGUUGCGGUUCGCAUCGGUUGGAGAGACAUUUACAGCUGACUUGCUGAUCUCAUCAUCUCCAGCAUUUAAAAAUAGAUCAUCACUGAUAGUGACAACACUUGAACCGAUCUACAAUAAAACAUUUUCUUCAUACAACUCAAUGGAAGUGACUGGAUUCCGAAAUGGAUCCAUCAUCACUGACAUCUACAUUCAGUUUGCAUCUACAUCAGCGCCAAAUAACACUGACAUUGAAAAUGUUCUGAUCAAUGCAGCUCCAAACAUAACAGCCUUCAACAUUACCAAUGUUGUUGUCAGUGACCCAGUGGCUUCAACUACAACAACAAUGACUGCACCUACAAACGCAACCACAGCAAACCUUACAAACACCACACCAGGAACAAAUACAACUACAGUGUCUACAACAGCUUCAAGUACACCUGUGAACGCUACAACACCAAUCAUCACUACCCCAACAAACGCAACCACAGUUUCUCCUACAACCACUACAACUGUAACAACUACAAUUGUUGAGGCUGUUACAACAAAGCAGUUGCAGUUCAGAGAUGUUGGAGCAACAUUUACACCUGACUUAGAGAACUCAUCAUCUUCAGCAUUUACAGAAAGAGCCAGACAGACAGUGUUAACACUCGAACCUUUCUACAAGACAACAUUUCCUUCAUUCCGCUCAAUGAGAGUGAUCAGAUUCAGAAAUGGAUCCAUCAUCAGUGACGUUGAUAUUGACUUUGCAUCUAUAUCAGUGCCUAAUAACACUGAGAUUGCAAAUGUUUUGAUCAAUGCAGCUCCAAACAUAACGACCUUCAACAUUAGCACAGAGUCUGUUAUUGUCAGUGACCCAGUGGUUUUACCUACAACUGUGAGCACUACAACACCAAUGAUGACUACCUCUACAAACGCAACCAUAGCAAAUCUAACAAACACCACACCAGGAACAAAUACAAGUACAGUGUCUACAACAGCUUCAACUACACCUGUGAAUGCUACAACACCAAUGAUGACUACCCCUACAAAUGCAACCAUAGCAAAUCUUACAAACACCACACCAGGAACAAAUACAACUACAGUGUCUACAACAGCUUCAACUACACCUGUGAAUGCUAUAACACCAAUGAUGACUACCCCUACAAACGCAACCACAGCAAAUCUUACAAACACCACACCAGGAACAAAUACAACUACAGUGUCUACAACAGCUUCAACAACACCUGUGAAUGCUACAACACCAAUGAUGACUACCCCUACAAACGCAACCAUAGCAAAUCUAACAAACACCACACCAGGAACAAAUACAAGUACAGUGUCUACAACAGCUUCAACUACACCUGUGAAUGCUACAACACCAAUGAUGACUACCCCUACAAAUGCAACCAUAGCAAUCUUACAAACACCACACCAGGAACAAAUACAACUACAGUGUCUACAACAGCUUCAACUACACCUGUGA